AUGAGGCACAAUUUUCCCACACAUGCUAUUGCCCCUGCAAGUAGUAAAUUUAAUCUUCUAGAUCCAGAUAGAUUAAAAGAUAAUAGUAAAGGUGAUGUUGUUCCUGUGAGACGCGAUUUUCCUACCAAUUGUGGAAACUUUGUUUCCCUUUCUUCAAGAAAUGUAUCUCCAAGCAAUUUGGGGAUGAUAGAGAAUCGUAAGCAGUCAAAGGCUUGUUUUAGCUUGGGGGAAGAUGAUGCUCGAAGAGUAGCUUCUCCAUUGGUUAUAAAAAAGGAAGUUAAGGACGUAGUUGUUAAGCAGAGAUGCGAAAUUUCGUAUGUUUUGGAUGAUGAAGCUUUAAAAAUGCGUGAGAAUGUCAUAAAUGCAUUGAAUUUGUUCCAAGAUAUACAAACUGAGUUCUUGCAUGAAAUGAUACCGAAGUCAAAAAAACAAGGUCAAGCACUUUGUAAGGUAAAUUAUAAAGUGACAAACGCUCUUCACAAUAUAGGGAAAUGUGUUAAUGUAAGUAAGCUAUUAGGGCUUGUACCUGGAGUUAAUGUCGGCGAUCGGUUUCAGUGCAGGGCUGAGCUAAAAGUUAUUGGCCUUCAUCAUGAUUUCCAUUUUGGUAUUGAUUAUAUGGAGAUCGAUGGAAAAAUUUUGGCAACAAGCAUUGUGGAUGCUCAUCGCUAUGAUAACGUUCUAAAAUCUUCUAGAGUGUUGAUUUAUUCAGGUGAAGGUGGGAAUCCUUCAAUUACGGGGAAGCCACUCAAAGAUCAAAAAUUUGUAAAGGGUAACCUUGCAUUAAAGAAUAGCAUGGAAGCUAGAACACCAGUGAGGGUCAUUCUUACUAGCAAAAUUUCAAAAAAAUCUAACGUUGUGGGUACAAGUGGAAAGGAGAUUGAGCGUAUGAUGUACAUAUAUGAUGGUUUGUACAUUGUGGGUGAAUAUUGGAAAGAGAGAGGAAGAUUUGGUAAUCAUGUUUAUAAAUUUAAAAUGGUAAGAAUCGACGAGCAACCACCAUUUGAUAUGAUUAAACAAGCGGUGUAA